ACAGCCAUCCUUCAAAGAGUAGCAGUGGUGAUUAUGAGUGGGGUUGGGGGAGGGGGUGCUGGCAGGCCCAGUUCUAGGCAGACAGCAGGGAGGGCCCUGCAUUAAGGUAAGAGCAUCUGUGUUGCUGUGACCCUGGGCAGUCUCCCUCCCAUCAUGGUCUCAGGAGGAAACUGAGACUCGGAAGAUGAAGGCGCUGGACCAGCAGAUGGCUGAAGUCCCUCCCAGGACUAGAAUUCUGUGGGCAAGGACCUGUGCGUGAAGCUGCCGGAUCCUCGCCCCUGAUUGGCUGUCCCGGGACCAGAUCUAAAGGCCACCUGGCGGUCUGACUUGGGAGCCCUGGCAAAGAUGAGCAAGUCGAGCGCAGACGAGGCGGAGAUUCCCAACGAGCCGCGGGAACCAAGUCCCGGCCUGCCCUGCCCGGGGACCCCCGGCAAGGCCCCCAAGAGCCACGCCUUCUCCGCGGCCCGGAGCCGGAGCCGGGGCCGCCUCUUGGGCCGCUGCCAUUCGGACGAGGCUUCGGCGAUGGACUCCCAUCAGGAAGGGGAGCCGGCCCCGUGCCCCGUCAUUCAGCUCAGCCCCAUGGGGGAAGGGCCCCCGAGUGACGAGCAGUCCGGGCAGCAGUCGCCUCAGGACCCCUCCGCCCCCGCCUCGGAAAAGUCCCUCAAGCUCUACGACCGCAAGAAGAUCUUCGAGGCCGUGGCCCAGGGCAGCUGCGAGGAGCUCCGGGACCUGCUGUUCUACCUCCAGCGCAGCCUGAAGAAGCUCACCGACAGCGAGUUCAAAGACCCGGAGACCGGGAAGAGCUGCCUGCUCAAAGCCAUGCUGAACCUCCACAACGGCAAGAACGAGACCAUCCCCCUCCUGCUGGACAUCGCCCGGCAGACCGGCAACCUGAAGGAGUUUGUGAACGCCAGCUACACCGACAGCUACUACAAGGGCCAGACGGCGCUGCACAUCGCCAUCGAGAGGCGGAACAUGGCUCUGGUGACGCUCCUGGUGGAGAACGGCGCCGACGUCCACGCCGCCGCCCACGGAGACUUCUUUAAGAAAACCAAGGGCAGGACCGGCUUUUACUUUGGUGAGCUGCCCCUGUCCCUGGCGGCCUGCACCAACCAGCUGGCCAUCGUGCAGUACCUGCUCCACAACCCCCACCAGGCGGCCGACAUCCAGGCCAAGGACUCGGUGGGUAACACGGUCCUGCACGCGCUGGUGGAGGUGGCCGACAACACGGCGGAGAACACCAAGUUUGUGACCAGCAUGUACAACGAGCUGCUGAUCCUGGGGGCCAAGAGCCAGCCCGCGCUCAAGCUGGAGGAGGUCACCAACAAGAAGGGGCUCACGCCGCUGGCGCUGGCUGCCAAGAGCGGCAAGAUCGGGGUCCUGGCCUACAUCCUUCGCCGGGAGAUCCAGGAGCCCGAGUGCAGGCACCUGUCCCGCAAGUUCACCGAGUGGGCCUACGGGCCCGUGCACUCGUCCCUCUACGACCUGUCCUGCAUCGACACCUGCGAGAAGAACUCCGUGCUGGAGGUGAUCGCCUACAGCAGCAGCGAGACCCCCAACCGCCACGACAUGCUGCUGGUCGAGCCCCUGAACCGGCUCCUGCAGGACAAGUGGGACCGCUUUGUGAAGCGCAUCUUCUACUUCAACUUCUUCGUCUACUCCGUGUACAUGGUCAUCUUCACCUGCGCUGCUUACUACCGGCCUGUGGGCGACCGGCCUCCUUUUAAAUUCGACCACACCCUCGGCGCCUGUUUUCGCGUCACAGGAGAACUGCUGUCGGUUCUGGGGGGCAUUUACUUCUUUUUCCGAGGGAUCCAGUACUUUCUGCACCGGAGGCCUUCCCUCAAGACUCUGUUUGUGGACAGCUACAGCGAAGUGCUCUUCUUUGUCCAGUCCCUGUUCCUGCUGAUCUCGGUGGCGCUGUACUUCAGCCAUUACAAGGAGUAUGUGGCCUUCAUGGUGUUCUCUCUGGCCAUGGGCUGGACCAACAUGCUCUACUACACGCGCGGCUUCCAGCAGAUGGGCAUCUACUCCGUCAUGAUCGAGAAGAUGAUCUUGAGAGACCUGUGCCGCUUUAUGUUUGUCUACAUUGUCUUCCUACUUGGAUUUUCCACAGCGGUGGUGACGCUGAUCGAGGACAGAAAGAACGAGACGGAGACCUCGUGCCACGGGGGGCGGCGCUUCCCUGGCUGCAAGCCCUGCGCCAGCUCCUACAACAGCCUCUACUCCACCUGCCUGGAGCUCUUCAAGUUCACCAUCGGCAUGGGGGACCUGGAGUUCACCGAGAACUACGACUUCAAGGCCGUCUUCAUCAUCCUGCUGCUGUCCUACGUCAUCCUGACCUACAUCCUGCUGCUCAACAUGCUCAUCGCCCUGAUGGGGGAGACCGUCAACAAGAUCGCCCAGGAGAGCAAGAACAUCUGGAAGCUCCAGAGAGCCAUCACCAUCCUGGACACCGAGAAGAGCUUCCUGAACUGCAUGAGGAAGGCCUUCCGGUCAGGGAAGCUGGUGCAGGUGGGCUACACUCCCGAUGGCAGGGAGGACUUCAGGUGGUGCUUUCGAGUCGAUGAGAUCAAUUGGACCACUUGGAACACCAACCUGGGGAUCAUCAACGAGGACCCCGGAAACUGCGAAGGGAUCAAGCGCACCUUGAGCUUCAAUUUACGCUCCAGCCGAGUUUCAGGGAAGCACUGGAAGAACUUUCCUCUGGUCCCGCUUUUGCGGGACGGGACCAGCCGGGACCGGCGCUCCAACCCCCCCGAGGAAGUGCAGCUGAGACCCUUCUCGGGGUCCCUGAGGCCCGAAGAUGCCGAGGUCUUCAAGGAGCCUCUGGCGCUGCCUCCGCAGUGACGCCGGGUCCGCCGCCGGCCCCUCCCUCCCCGCACAGCCCGUGAUGUUCGAGGCUCAGUGAGCGGGGCAGGGCAGGGGGCGGGGCCCGAGCUUUCCUCACCCCGCGGCUGCGGCUCUGGCCCCGCCUGCUCGUCGCUGGGAGGUAUCGGGACCGCUGUUGGGUGAGGGAGGGCGGGGCCCCCCUCAGGCCGCCGGCUCGGCCCGUCUCCUGGCCCUCCCCCUUGCAGCCCCUCCCCACGCCGCCCGGAUGGCAGAGACGGCGGUCCACGUUAGCCGGACCCCGCGCCGUCGCCAGCGGCCCCCAGGGCCCCAGCUGUGUGCUUGUGCCCGCGCGCCGCAGGCCUGAGGGGAACAUGUCCCCGAGGGCCCUCAUCCCGAGUCUCCCGGAGCCUUCUCUCUGUCGCGGACCCUUCCUGAGAAAAUAAAUCUAUGGGAUCAGCA